AUGGCGGAGCUGGGCGAGCUGAAGCACAUGGUGAUGAGUUUCCGGGUGUCUGAGCUCCAGGUGCUCCUUGGCUUCGCUGGCCGGAACAAGAGUGGACGGAAGCACGAGCUGCUGGCCAAGGCCCUGCACCUGCUCAAGUCCAGCUGUGCCCCCAGCGUCCAGAUGAAGAUCAAAGAGCUUUACCGCCGGCGCUUCCCACGCAAGACACUGGCGCCCUCCGAUCUCUCUCUGCUCUCUCUGCCCCCCGGCACCCCUCCCGUGGGCUCCUCUGGUCCGCUGGCUCCCAUCCCCCCGGCCCUCUUGGCCCCUGGCACCUUGCUGGGCCCCAAGCGGGAAGUGGACAUGCACCCCCCUCUGCCCCAGCCCGUGCACCCCGACGUCACCAUGAAGCCACUGCCCUUCUACGAAGUCCACGGGGAGCUCAUCCGGCCCACCACCCUCGCGUCCACCUCCAGCCAGCGGUUUGAGGAAGCGCACUUUACGUUCGCGCUCACACCCCAGCAGGUGCAGCAGAUCCUCACGUCCAGAGAGGUCCUGCCGGGAGCCAAAUGCGAUUAUACCACCCAGGUGCAGCUCAGGUUCUGUCUCUGUGAGACCAGCUGCCCCCAGGAGGAUUAUUUCCCCCCCAACCUCUUUGUCAAGGUCAAUGGGAAACUGUGCCCCCUGCCGGGCUACCUUCCUCCUACCAAGAAUGGGGCUGAGCCCAAGAGGCCCAGCCGCCCCAUCAACAUCACACCCCUGGCUCGACUCUCGGCCACUGUUCCCAACACCAUCGUGGUCAACUGGUCAUCUGAGUUUGGACGGAAUUACUCCUUGUCCGUGUACCUGGUGAGGCAGCUGACGGCAGGGACCCUUCUCCAAAAGCUCAGAGCAAAGGGCAUCCGGAACCCAGACCACUCCCGGGCCCUGAUCAAGGAGAAGCUGACCGCUGACCCGGACAGUGAGGUGGCCACUACGAGUCUCCGGGUGUCACUCAUGUGCCCGCUCGGGAAGAUGCGGCUGACUGUGCCUUGUCGCGCCCUCACCUGCGCCCACCUGCAGAGCUUCGACGCCGCCCUGUACCUGCAGAUGAACGAGAAGAAGCCGACGUGGACGUGUCCCGUGUGCGACAAGAAGGCUCCCUAUGAGUCCCUCAUCAUUGACGGUUUAUUCAUGGAGAUUCUUAAUUCCUGUUCGGAUUGUGAUGAGAUCCAGUUCAUGGAAGAUGGAUCCUGGUGCCCAUUGAAACCCAAGAAGGAGGCAUCUGAGGUUUGCCCCCCGCCAGGGUAUGGGCUGGAUGGCCCCCCGUACAGCCCAGUCCCAGAGGGCACUCCAUCAGAGAGUAAGAAGAAGGUCGAGGUCAUUGACCUGACAAUAGAAAGCUCGUCGGAUGAGGAGGACCUGCCGCCCACCAAGAAGCACUGUCCUGUCACCUCCGCCGCCAUCCCGGCUCUCCCCGGAAGCAAAGGGGUGCUGGCAUCCGGCCACCAGCCGUCGUCCGUGCUGCGGAGCCCUGCGCUGGGCGCGCUGGGCAGCGAGUUCCUGUCCAGCCUCCCGCUGCACGAGUACCAGCCUGCCUUCCCCCUGGGGGCGGACAUCCAAGGUUUAGAUAUAUUUUCUUUCCUUCAGACUGAGAGUCAGCACUACGGCCCCUCCGUCAUCACCUCGCUAGACGAGCAGGACGCCCUGGGCCAUUUCUUCCAGUACCGGGCGACCCCGUCCCACUUCCUGGGCCCCCUGGCCCCCGCUCUGGGGAGCUCGCACCGCAGCACCACGCCAGCGCCCCCUCCUGGCCGCGUCAGCAGCAUUGUGGCUCCUGGGGGGGCCUUGAGGGAGGGGCACGGCGGACCCCUGCCCCCAGGUCCCUCUCUGACUGGCUGCAGGUCAGACAUCAUUUCCCUGGACUGA